GUCACCCGCACAGCCGGAACGCCGGCGGGUUCUGCAGCAACGGCUCGGGAACUGCCGGCCUCCGCGUCCGCAGCGCCGCCGCCAGCCAGGCUGGAGCCGAGUCUGACUGACCCCAGCGUCUGCGCUCCCGCCGGCCACCGGGAACCAGCUCGUCCAGGAAGAAUGCAAGCAGAGAGGAGCAUCCAGAUUUUGGGCAACAGAUACAGGCAAACCCCCUUUUCGUACGAUGUCAAGCGAAACGUGUACAAUGAGGAGAAUUUCCAGCAGGAGCACAAGAGGAAGGCUCCCUCUUCCGGGAACGUGGACGUCAACAUCACCACCUUCAAGCACCAUGUCCAAUGCCGCUGCUCAUGGCACAAGUUCCUACGAUGCAUGCUUACGGUCUUUCCCUUCCUCGAGUGGAUGUGUUUGUAUCGAUUCAAGGACUGGCUUCUUGGAGACUUACUUGCUGGUUUAAGUGUUGGUCUUGUUCAAGUUCCCCAAGGCCUGACACUUAGUUUGCUGACGAGGCAGCUGAUCCCUCCCCUCAACGUGACUUAUGCUGCCUUCUGCUCUUCAGUCAUUUAUGUCAUAUUAGGAUCAUGUCAUCAAAUGUCCAUCGGCCCCUUCUUCCUCGUCAGUGCUCUCAUGAUCAACGUCCUGAAGGAGAGACCGUUCAACAACGGCCACCUGAUCAUGGGAACGUUUGUCAAGGAUGACUUUUCUCUCCCGACCUUCUACAUAAACUAUAACGGAUCCUUGAGCAUGGUGGCAAGCACAACUUUCCUGACUGGAAUUAUUCAGCUGUCAAUGGGUAUGUUGGGAAUGGGUUUCAUGGCCACAUACCUUCCAGAGGCCGCAAUCAGCGCUUACCUAGCUGCUGUGGCCCUACACAUCAUACUGGCCCAGAUGACAUGCGUCUUUGGGAUUAUGAUCAGUUUCCACGCUGGUCCCGUCUCCUUCUUCUACAACAUAAUUAACUACUGCGUAGCUCUCCCCAAAGCCAACUCCACCAGCAUCCUGCUGUUCCUCACCGCUGUGGUGGCUCUGAGAAUUAACAAGUGCAUCCGCAUUUCCUUCAACCGCUACCCCAUCGAGUUCCCCAUGGAGCUGUUUCUGAUCCUUGGCUUCUCCAUACUUACAAACAAGAUAAGCAUGGCUACAGAGAACAGCAAGAUGCUGGUCAACAUGAUCCCUUACAGCUUCGUGUUCCCCGAGACUCCAGAUUUCAGCAUUCUUACCAGAGUUAUUUUACAAGCCAUGUCUUUAUCUUUAGUGAGCUCCUUUCUGCUUGUAUCUCUGGGCAAGAAGAUUGCCAACUUCCAUAACUACAGAAUCAAUUCCAACCAGGAUUUAAUAGCCAUCGGCCUCUGCAACGUGGUCAGCUCCUUUUUCAGGUCUUGUGUGUUCACGGGUGCUAUGGCGAGGACUGUUAUCCAGGACAAAUCUGGAGGAAGACAGCAGUUUGCAUCUCUGGUAGGCGCAGGUGUGAUGGUGCUCCUGAUGGUGAAGAUGGGGAGCUUCUUCCACAAUAUGCCCAAUGCCGUGCUGGCGGGGAUCAUCCUGAGCAAUGUGAUACCCUACCUUGAAACCAUUUACAACUUGCCCAGUCUGUGGAGGCAGGACCAAUAUGACUGUGUGAGUACAGAUGUGGGAGACAUGAACAACCGUCUCUUCAUCCCAGACAGGGCACUGACACCAGAUCAAAACCGAUUCCACCGGCUCGCUGCCUGCUUCCCACAGAUUGGGAGCUGA